AUGGGAACGGGAACCGAAACUGACGGUCACCUAGCAAGGUGGCGUGAAGAUUGGAUUGAGGACAAAGAUGUGACAAAUGAAGAAGAAGUUAGUAAUUAUCAAUGUUUGAGUAAUCAAAUAAAACACGGUUACUCGAUUUUCCUUCUAUGGUUCAAAAGAAACGUCAGCUUCAUUCGCGUGUUCAUCAUACUGGGUGAUGUGAUCACAUUUUGUAUAUUCCUCUGGGUAUUGGUCUUCGCGACGUACCUCCUCACCGAUCCUGCCAUCGAAAAACAACAUAUAAUCGGUAUUAUAAGUAACGACACUAUGCCAUAUCCUCCAGAACCCGAAUUCGAUAUCCAAGAAUACGUCUCCAAAAUUGUUGCUUAUCAUCGUGAGGCCACGGCCACUGACGCCUGUUGCUUACGAACAACGACAGGAGAGAAAUUCGAUCCCUACUGCAACCUUUAUCCAGGUCCCUUGAAUAGCUUCUUCUAUACCGGCUGCAGAAAGGAUGUUCAAAAAACGAUAGGAGAUGUCAGAGAUCAACUCACAAUAUCCAUGAUUCUCCUCCUCCUGCUUCAGGUAAAACAUUGCAUGCUUGCUCACCUCUUCACAGAUUACGAGGCUGAGGUGCUUGCCAAAUACAAAUGUGGUUCUCAUAAUCCUUCUCUUACCACAUUUGCCUACCGGUCUCCCCGGCAUCUGCGCGGGCUAAGGGUCACUAGCCAGUGGUCUGCCAUUUAUGCCGAACAGUAG